CUUCUGUGUGCCCAGCAGCCAACCGAGGCAUUGGCUCUGUGACUCUCCCGUUACUGACGUUUAAUAAUGAUAAUGUCGUAUCGUGUGUGACGAAAUGCUCGAUAUUUGCUGUUUAAUAACUGUGUUUUUUUUCUUCAAAACGGAAAUACUAGCUUGUGCGUAACAGCGAACUCUUCUCCGUAUCCCUCAUCUCGCCCUUCUAUGAUAUGAUUAUGAAUAACCACCGUCGAGGGAAGUUAUAAUUGGCAUUAUCAUAGUUGAAUGGCUACAACAGCAGUUUACGCCUGCUUGCUGUUAUUUCGAUAGCCAAUUAAGCUCGGGAGGAACCGCUAGGCUAUAUCUUCUUGGCGGAAAUAGCCGAAGAGACCGCAUCCACAGCUCUGUAGUUCUCUCCUGAAAACAUGUCGUUCUUCAAUUUUCGGAAGAUAUUUAAGCUUGGGCCUGACAAGAAGAAAAAGCAGUAUGAACAUGUACAUAGAGACGUCAACCCGGAGGAAAUAUGGGAUAUCAUUGGGGAGCUGGGAGAUGGAGCGUUUGGCAAAGUGUUCAAGGCUCAGAACAAGCAGAAUGGGACCCUCGCUGCUGCCAAGGUUAUUGACACGAAGACGGAGGAUGAAUUGGAGGACUACAUGGUAGAGAUUGAAAUUCUGGCCUCCUGCGAUCACCAUCACAUCGUCAAAUUGCUGGAUGCCUUCUAUUUUGAAGGCAAACUUUGGAUUCUGAUAGAGUUCUGUGCGGGUGGUGCAGUGGAUGCCAUCAUGUUGGAGCUGGAGAGGGCCCUGACGGAGCCGCAGAUCCGCGUGGUGUGUCGGCAGACCUUGGAGGCUCUGACUUACCUCCACGACAACAAAGUCAUCCACAGAGACCUGAAAGCCGGGAACAUUCUCCUCUCCUUGGAGGGAGAAGUGAAACUGGCUGACUUUGGGGUGUCUGCUAAAAAUACUAAGACGUUACAGAGAAGAGAUUCUUUCAUCGGGACUCCGUAUUGGAUGGCCCCAGAGGUGGUCAUGUGUGAAACUUCCAAAGACCGUCCGUACGACUUUAAGGCCGACAUCUGGUCCCUGGGGGUUACCCUGAUAGAGCUGGCGCAGAUUGAGCCGCCCAACCACGAGAUGAAUCCCAUGAGAGUGCUUCUGAAAAUAGCCAAGUCCGAGCCUCCCACACUCAUGCAUCCCUCUCGCUGGUCGCCAGAAUUCAACGACUUUCUGCGGAAAGCACUUGAUAAGAAUGUUGACAAUAGGUGGGGCACGCUACAGCUUCUACAGCAUCCUUUUGUCACAAGUGUAACUAAUAGCAGACCUCUCAGAGAGCUCAUAGCCGAGGCCAAAGCUGAAGUCACAGAGGAGAUUGAGGAUAGCAAAGAGGAAGAGGAGGAAGAAGAGCCUGAUACACCUGUGGCGGCUCCUGGGCACAAGCGAGCGCCAUCAGAUGCCAGUGUGGCCAGCUCAGAGGACGACAAAGUCCCAGCAACUCCCUCUGCCCUGGAAUCGGUUUCGGAAAUAACUGCUACUGAAGACCAGACCAGUGAUAAGCUCUCUGAUGAAGGACUUGGAACGAGUGAGGUAGACAAGACUGAGGAGGAGAAACUCAACGAGGUGUCUGAUGCCGGUAAUGAAGACCUGGCCUCUGGGCUACUAGAGCCCCCCAAGGACUUAAUACCACAAGAUCCUGCAGAGCUCAAACCAGAAGACGGUCAAGCUGAAGAGAUUCCUGCUGAGCCUGUAGUAUCACAGCCAGAAGAAGCUGUAGUUGAAGAACCUGUAGCAGGGGAUGCAAAAGAACAUAUCCCAGAUGGUCAGGAAACAGAGGAGGAACAGAAGGAGACACAAGAAGAGAAAACAGAAGACGGACCGACUCCUGUAAUCGAAGAACCUGAGGAGGUGAAAGCAGAAGAAGAAAAAGAUGUUGGUACAGAAGAAUCCAGAGAGAAACCUGAAGAAACACCAGAAGAAAAAGCAUCCAUAUCAGGAGAAGAGGCAAAGGCAGAAGAAGAAAGCAAAGCGGAUGAGGAGACGCCUCAACAGAAAGUGAUGGAGGACAUACCAGAAGACACAGCUAAUGGCACUGAUGUGACUAUAGACACAGGGGAUAUAGAAUCAAAUGUAGUGGACACAGCAGUAAAUGGAGACACGGACACAGAGAGCGUGGAUGAGUGCUCCGGUGCGGUUCUGUUGGAGAAGGAGGCGGUAGAGAGUCAGCCAGGGGAAAAGCACGAGGAGGCAGAACAGCCCGAACAAGAGAAUCAGACCAAGGAGGAGGAUCUGGAGGAAAAGACUCCAACUGAAUCCACUAAUGGAGUCAUCGAUGAAGCCAAAGACACCUCUGAGGAUUCAGAACAAGUGGCCACGCCUAAAGAUCUGAAGGAGGAUGAAGAGAAAGCCCCCGCCGCAGAUGGGAGCGCGUCUCAAGAUGCCGUCUCUGUCCAGGAGAGCGAAACGGAUUCAGAAAGCAAGAUGGAGCAUGGAAGCCCCGCUGCCAUCAAGUCGGAUUUGGAGAAGGACUCCGACUCUGGGAGCAGCUCAGCCGCCGAUAGCAGCAGCUUGGACCUCAAUCUGUCUAUAUCCAGCUUCCUGUCCAAGAGUAAAGACGGGGGCUCUAUAUCUAUGCAGGAGUCAAGACGUCAGAAGAAGACUCUGAAGAAGACGCGUAAGUUCAUGGUGGACGGUGUGGAGGUCAGCGUGACGACAUCAAAGAUAGUGACAGAUAACGACACCAAGAGCGAAGAGCUGAGGUUCCUGAGGUACGUCUGUGCGGCGGAGCUGAGAGAGCUGGCCUCUGCAGAAAGAGGGCAGAGGGGCCCCGCGCAGCUGGCACACAAAGCUGCCAGCAGCAGAGAGGCGAUCUUCGCCGCUUUGAAACAGGCAACUGCUGCUAAGAAGCGCCAAUAUGACCAAGAAGUGGAGAACCUUGAGAAGAAGCAGAAGCAGACCAUCGAGCGGCUGGAACAGGAUCACACCAGCCGGCUCCGAGACGAAGCCAAACGCAUCAAAGCCGACCAAGACAAGGAGCUCUCCAAGUUCCAAAACAUGAUGAAGAAUCGGAAGAAAGAGGUCCAAGAGGAAGUCGGACAGUCACCCAAACAUAUGAGAAAAGAGCUCAUGAGACGCAUAAAGGAGGACCUGUUGCUCCUUAAGACCGCAGAGGCAGUGGCCCAGGUUAUGAUUCAGUCUUUUCAGUUGUCCUCAUGCGCACUCUUCAACGCUCAGAUGCAGGAUGAGCAGGAGUUCCUACAGAAGCAGCAGCAGGAGCUGGACGUAGCUCUGAAGAAAAUCAUCCAGCAGCAUAAAGUGGAGAUCACCACUAUAGAGAAAGAAUGCUUAAACCACAAGCAGCAGCUGAUGAGAGCUCGAGAGGCAGCCAUGUGGGAGUUGGAGGAGCGCCACCUGCAGGAGAAGCACCAGUUGCUGAAGCAGCAGCUCAAAGACCAAUACUUCCUGCAGAGACACCAGCUGCUGAAGAGGCACGAGAAAGAGAUGGAGCAGAUGCAUCGCUACAACCAGCGGCUGGUCGAGGAGAUGAAGAACAAACAGAACCAAGAGAGGGUCCGUCUGCCCAAGAUUCAGCGCAGUGAGGCCAAAACACGCAUGGCCAUGUUCAAGAAGAGCCUCCGCAUCACCGCCACUGCAUCGGUCACCGUGGAGCAGGAGAGGGAGAGGAUAAAACAGUUUGCUGCUCAGGAAGACAAGAGACAGAAGAACGAGAGACUUCACCAACACCAGAAACACGAGAACCAGAUGAGGGAUCUGCAGCUGCAGUGUGACUCCAACAUCAGGGAGCUUCAGGAGCUACAGAAUGAGAAGUGCCACCUUCUGAUCGAACAUGAGACCCAAAAGCUGAAGGAGCUGGACGAGGAGCACAGCCAGGAGAUAAAGGAGUGGAGGGAGAAGCUGAGACCCAGGAAGAAGGCGCUGGAGGAUGAGUUCACGCGGAAGCUCCAGGAGCAGGAGGUCUUCUUCAAGAUGAGCGGAGAGUCCGAAUGCCUUAACCCCUCCACCCAGAGUCGAGUCUCCAAGUUUUACCCCAUCCCAAACCUGUACACCUCUGGUUUAUAGCCUCUUCUGUCCGUCCCUGCUGCAAAACAGACUCCUAUCAAACUCGGCUGCGCUCACCGACUCUUCCUGGUGGAGUGACCACUUAGAUUCCACCGUUAGUGAGCAUGACGAGCCUACACACCGUACUCUCACUAGUUUAAAUGUCCCUCCGCUCGUCCAAUAACAAUAUGCACUUUUUUGAGCAUGUUCAAAUUUGAAAAGCCUGUAGUUGGUAUUGAAGGGCCAAUGAAUUUAAGUUUAAGCACAGCCUGCUACAGUAUGAACGAUCCCCAGUGCCUCAUGUUUUUUCUUUUCUGCAUUCAAGCCCCUCGCUGUGUUUAACAGCAAGUGAAGCGUCCCCUAAAUGUCCUACACUUAAAGUGGACCUAUCAUGCUAUAUUUGAAUAAUAUAGUGUAGGACCAUACCUAUAUAAGGCAUAUUUAUACUUUUCAUUUUUCAAAAUACCAAACAGAUCAUGCAUUUUGGCCAUUCCUCAUUUCGCUCAAUUUAACACUGCCUUUCAUGCUCGGAUUCAGUGAGAACAGCACCAUCUGGUGGCCUGAAAUAUGUACUACAGCGUCUCCAGCGCUUUCAAACGGCAAUGUCCGUGGCUGUCUCCUCCUGAUUGGUGGAGUUGGCCCAAUAGCCGUAGCGCAACUUCUGUGACGACGUAAAAGUGUUCAAAUCUGGAUCAGCCUGUAUCAGAUCCGUUGCAGCCCCUUUUUAAGAGAUUUGGGUAUGGAGGAAAAUAGAGAGGGUUGUGUUUUCUGACACUUGGUGAGUUCCCUGGAACACCGGGGACACAUAUUCAUGUAUAGAAGACGUACAAAAGUGCAUUUUGCAUGAUAGGUCCCCUUUAAAAAAUUGGUUAUCAUUUCCACUCAUAAUCACAAGAUGUUUAGAGAUUAUUUGAAUCAUUUCAUAUAACGGGUGAUUAAGACUCUGACAUCUCGUGUUGCUGCAUGUGAGGUAGAGCUGGUUUAAAAGAGUAAAAAGAAAAAGUGUGUUGUCGUAUGACUUUGUUAUGGCACGUGUAGUGUCACGUCAAAAACAGUGCUGUGUUGGGAUGUUAAGGACGUACUGUGUUGUAAAUGCUGAAAUGUUACGUGUGUGUACCUAGAUAUGAAGCUCAAUCAGAUACUGUGCUUGCCAUGAGGGUUUUUACAAUCUUAAGAACAAGAAUAUGGCUUUUUCGUUCACACAUCAUUUCAUUGCUGUAAUCCCACUUAGUUAGACGCAGAGGUGACCCGUUUCUUCCUGGAGAAUGAUAAAAUACUUUUUUAUAUAUAGAAAUAAUAUAUAGAAAGGAAAUCACCGUGAAUGAAAAUGAAGGAAUGUAAAGCUGUUGAUUUGCACUGUUUUGUUAUAAGCUAAUGAAAAAGAUAUGCAGUAAUAAAACUGUCAAUGGGUUUGUGACAGCGCGUCACCUUUGUCUCACACAACCCAAUUCAAACUCCAAACUAACUGAGAAGUGUUGAUUUCUUUCUGAUCAUUUAGCUGUUUUUUUCCUUUUCCAAAUAUGCCCUUUAGUAUUUUACGACCACAUCUACUUUUCUACAUGUAUUCCCGUUAUAUGACGCUGUAAUCGCUCUUUCCUCUGAGCUGUUUGCUCUUUUUGACACCAGUGCUGUCUGAAAGGUGAAAUGCUGUACCUGUAGCUGUUUGAGACGUCCUUCGCUGUAUUCUAGGAGCAAAAGUAUUAACGGUUCACAAAAAGAAAUGUCAUGAUUCUUUUAUUUUGUCUGUGCGUAUCAUCAAUGCACGUCAUGUUUUCUGUAUGCUGACAUUAACAAAAGGUUGCGUCAUGAAUGCUGGGUUUUUAUCGGGGUACAUGGAAACCGUCCGGAGAGUCACAUUCCCCAUAGAUUUAAAAUAUUUUUUUAUUUUGUUAAGUUACAGCAUUUCUUGUCAUUCUACAACAUUGAUAUCAUUUUCAUGUCGGAUCAAAUGUAUUUAAAGUGUCUUUAUAAAUUGACAUUUUAUUGCUGUAAAUAAAAUAUUGACUGUUGAUUUGAAAGUUGACCCGUCUACCUUCUUAUAAUUGAACCUUUCAAACACUUAAACACUUGUAAAACACUUAGUAAGGCCCCUAAAAGUGUAAAUAUUACAAAGAUGGUAAACGAUAUUGAUAUAAUCUUUGCUUUAUUGUAUGUUUUGCCUCUCUGUGAACAUCUAAUCCUAAAGGGUGACAUUCUGAUCAUUCUUUCCAGAGAAACAUGGGAUAAGGCCAACACGGCCCCCUUCAGAGGAGCCUACAUUUUCACUAUUUUCGGUUAUGGGAAAGUUCCAAACAUCCAAAAAAGCAACAACAUUUUUUUUUGAAGUAAAAUAUUUGUAUUCAACCAUCCAUUUCAUAGACUAGAUAUAUUAUUUAAAAAAACCUCAGGUACAGGUAUCUCGAAAACUAAAGCCAUUUUGGGGGGUUUGUUCGUCUAGUGUUAGUUUAAGACUUUUGUGACAAACUAUAUUUUGUCUUUUUAGGACUUUUCACAUUUCUUUGUGACUUUUUUGUCUUUUCUUUUACUUUCUUUAUCACUUUUUGUGACAAAGUAUAUUGUAACAUCUUAAUUACAUUUGAUGACAUACUAUACUAUGACAUAAUUAAGCUGUUUUUUUUUAUUAAAAAGUCCUAUUUUCUUUUCAAUAUCUUCCAUGUCGUGUGAACAGAGUGAUUCCAAAUCAAUGCAGCAUUGAAUUACUACACUGGCUAAAUAGAACACACCUGAAAUCCAGCAUUUUUUUUAUUGAAAACUCAUUUGGCGUCAUUAUAUAAAAAUAAUGUAGCAUUGUAUAACCUCACUGCACAAGUAGGAGUUGUUUUGUGUUUUGUUGUAAAUUUGAUAUUGACUGUUAACUUGACACACGACAGCCUGACAUAACACCUCAAAUGCAAUUAUUUUUGAAUUAAUUCAUAAAAAUAUCAACACUCCCAAGUCGAAAAAUACAUUUAUUGUGUGUCUUUUAUAUAUAUAUUGAUCAAAAGUCAAAAAGUGCAAUGAUGUCAAACAUAAUCUGGGAACAUUUUAUAAUUUAAUCUCUCCAACACUUUACGGUAUAAAGCAAAUAUAUCGAUUUCAGUGCUCUCUUAUACAAAAAUAUACAAUCCAAUCCAUCAUUUUGUUGUGAUUUUCAGACUUUCAACCACACAAACAAUGUCAUUUAUUCUUCUUCUUAAUUUUGAACUAACAAAUCUUUCAAGUAAAUCGUCAGUCGUAACUACAGCAACAUUUACUGUAACAUAAGUCCCUUAUCUGCUGCAAAAAUGACCCUCGCUGACUGGUAAUGUUGCAUGUUUUUAUAUAUAU